CAGAACCUCCACACUCCAUAACCAAUCUCUCUCUCUUUCUCUCUCUCUCUCUCUGUCUUUCACCAUGCAGCAAGCAAUUCCUUACAAGUCAUGGCAACUGCAACCGCUCAACACAAACACCCACUUCAGCAGCCAACUGUCGCUUACCCUCAACAACAACAACACCAGCAAUUCUCCUCUCAAUAAUGCGUCCACGUCGCCGGAAAAAUUUGUCAAGGAAGCAGAGAAUAUGCGCAGCUUGGUGUCGGAGAACGCCGUCAUAGUGUUUGGCAGGCGCGGAUGCUGCAUGAGCCACGUGGUGAAGCGCCUGCUUCUAGGCCUCGGCGUGAACCCCGCUGUCUACGAGGUUGAUGAGAAAGAUGACGUCAGGGUCGUCGAGGAAUUGGAAUUGAUCGGAAAUGGGAAAGACCGGGGGAAGGUGCAGUUUCCGGCGGUGUUUAUUGGUGGGAGUUUGUUCGGAGGUUUGGAUCGGCUUAUGGCUACUCAUAUUUCUGGAGAGUUGGUUCCUAUUUUGAAACAAGCUGGGGCUUUGUGGCUUUAAUUGAAUAUUCAUCAUCUGGUUCUUUAACUUUAGAUUUACCUUAAAUUUUAAUUUUAAACCUUUGUUUUUUUUUUUGUUCUGGCUUCCUACUUGAGAAGUUGUAUUAAGAGAAGGAGAAAUGCAGGAUUUUCUUUUUGGUUUUUUUUUUUUGGUGUGUUCAUAAAUGGAUCAUAAUUAAUUAAUUUUGUUACA